AUGGCUUCCACAACAAUGACGAAGGCGAAAACUAAUGAAGAGCAAGUUCGCAAAUCAGUAAACGCUCUUCUCAAAUGGAAAAAACUGCAAUCCAAGGAACUCCAAAACCUCAAUUCACUCUCACAUGAAGAAUCAGAAGAAGAGGAUGAUGAUGAUUUCAUAUACCUUCAAUUAACCCUCAAGAAAUCCCCACCUAAACAACUCACUACACCUCACAAAAUCACCCUCCCUCACUCCUUUCAAUCCUUCUCCAACAUUUGUCUCAUCAUUGCUGACAAACCCAAAAAACCCCACAACUCAAAAUCCAUUCUUGAUGCUAAAACAGACAAUUUCAACAAACCCCAUAACUCAAAAAUCAAUCUUGAUGCUAAAACAGACAAAAUCAAGAAACCCCACAACUCAAAAAUCAAUCUUGAUGUUGAAACAGUGCAAAAAAAGCUUGAAUAUGAAGGGAUUCCAAUUGACAAAGUUAUGAAGAUAUCCAAGUUGAAGUCUGAGUACAAGUCUUUUGAGGCAAAGAGGGAGUUGUAUGAUUCAUAUGAACUGUUUUUGGCUGAUAAAAGAGUGGUGAAUUUGCUUCCGGGGUUAUUAGGGAAGCAGUUUUACAAGAAGAAGAGGAAAGUACCUGUGCCUGUGGAUUUAAGGGGGAAUAGUAGUUGGAAGGAGGAGAUAGAAAGAGCGUGUUCGACGACUUUGUUGUGUUUAGGGAAUGGGACAUGUAGUGUUUUGAAGAUUGGAAAGGGAGGGAUGGAGAAUGGUGAAGUUAUGGAGAAUGUUUUAGCUUCCAUUGAUGGAAUUAUUGAGUUUGUUCCCAAGAAAUUGGAUGGUGUUAGAGCUCUUCAUUUGAAGUUUAGUGAUUCAUUGGCAUUGCCUGUUUAUGAGGCGUUGCCUGAUAAAAAAUGA